AUGAUUAAUAUUAUACCAUUAUUGUGUACUGGAUGUCAACAACCAAUUUGGGAUCCAUAUUUAUUAUGUAUUGAUCAAAAUAUAUGGCAUGAACAAUGUGUUACAUGUUCAAUAUGUCAUUGUUUAUUACAUAAUAAAUGUUUAGUACGUAAUCAAAAAUUAUAUUGUCGAAGUGAUUAUAUUAAGCAAUUCGGAGUUCGUUGUAAAGGUUGCAAUCAAUUAAUUCAAUCAGAUGAUUCUGUCCUAAGAUUAUACACAUAUAAAAGUAUCAAGUCAACAUCAAUACAAAAUGAUUUCAUUGAAAAACAGAACAUACUUGAAUUCCAGUCAUCUAUUGUUACCUCUACCAAUACAACUAAGAUUAAUAUAUCAACACCAAAUAAAUAUGAAUUAAAUCUUGCAAAUGAUGAAGCUGACACUACAAAAGAUUCAUUUGAUUUAUCUGUUUUAAUUCAUUAUUUUCAUGUAGAUUGUUUUAAAUGUUGUGAUUGUAAUCGUUUAUUAACUCCUGGAGAAGAGUAUACAAUAAAAAAUGGUAUGCCAUUAUGUAUAAUGGAUUAUGAGAAAUAUUUACUUGAUAAAGAAUCACAAAAUAUUUGUACAAGAUUACAAGAAUCUUUUAGACAAUCAAUACAAUAUGAGAAGUGUACACAAGACAUGAAUGAUAAUUAUUCUAAUGAUACAAAUAAUGAAGAUAACAGAAUGAAUGAACAACAAGAAAGAUAUUCUAAUGAAGAAUCAAAUGAUACAGAUUUGAAUUGUAAAGAAUCUAAUCGAUUGAUGACCAUUGAUAUAAAAUCAGAGAUUGGAAAUUAUGAUAAGUCAACUAGUAGUACUAUUGAUACAAGUUUAUUGAAUGAUUCAGUUCUUUUAUCAGAUAUCAAUAUAUCUGCACCGAAUUCAAGCGAUGAGUCAAGUAAAGAUGGAGACAGGAUGGAUGAUGAUGAACUGUAUGAAAUGGAUAGUGAUUCUGAAUCUGGGAAAAAUUCUAAAAGACCACGUACAAUCUUGACAGCUAAUCAACGUCGUAGAUUCAAAGCUGUAUUUGAAUUCAAUCCAAAACCAACACGUAAGAUUAAAAAAUUAGCUCGUCGACAUGCACAAGAAUCUCGACAACAAUCAAAUCGUAGAAUGUUAAUUAACAAUCCCAUGAUUAAUAAUGAACCAAUGAUUAGAAUUCAAUCACCAAACUCUAUGUUAUUUAAUCUAAGAAAUCCUACAAUAUCAGAUAUACCCUACUUAUAUAAAACAGUUGAUAAUUGUCAAGAUAUAACAUCACUUCAAAAUGAACCAAUAAAUGAAAAUGAUCCAGAUGAAAUUCUCAGAAAAAGAAUGAUUUCUUUAGCCAAUUCCUGUUCACCACCAUUCAUUCAUAUACCACAAGCGAAUCAAAUAGAAAAUCCAUAUCCUGCAAAUAUCUCAUAUAUUUCAACAACUAGUAAGGCUAUGGAAAACUCGUCAUUAACAUUUUCAACACAUGAAUUAUUUCCUUGUUUAAAUCCAGUUUGUACCAAUUCGAAAUCAAGUACAUUAUUAUCUGAAGUAGCAUUCACUCCGAUUACUUCAUCUGGUCUUGUGAUAAAUGAUAAUAAUAAUAAUGACAAUAUUCACAAUAAUAAUAAUAAUAACAAUAGUGUCGAAAACAACAGUACUACCAACGGUUCAUCAACAUUUGAUACAUCAAUCAAUAAAUUGUAUUCAAUGCAUCAAUCUUAUUUUAUGUAAUCUUAUAAAUACUUUGAUUUUAUUUCAUUACUUCUUAUGUAUAAUAGAACUAUCUUUAUUUAUUUCAUCAAUGUUAUAAAAUAACACUUGUGUACAGUCCAAACUGUUUCAUGUUAAUGUUUCAGAUAACUUUCUAACUGGAGUUCAUUCUCAUUUACAUUGAUAGAGCAUUUACAUAAAUGAAC